AUGCUUGAUCGACUAUUCGAGCCCUACAUCACAUCCAUCCUCCACAUUCUGUUGACUCAAAUUCGCUAUACUAAACGCCUCGUUGCAUCUUGGAUCUUUGAUCGCGAUGGGAUAGAGAACACUCGUAACCCAUUUGCGUUCCUUGCCCAUUACACGACUGCAUACCCAUAUUUCUAUGAGAAUUUCGAGAACAUGUCAUCGCAGGAUGACCCAGCAGCGCUGAAUGCACUCAAGUACAUGCUUUUGUGCAAGGCCAUGUUGAAUAUGCCCGAAGAUCUAACAUCACUUCUCUCUAUCAAGCUUGCGGUGAAAUAUGCUCAGCUCCACGAGAUCGAGAGCAAGGCCCUUCGGGAUUACAAACGUGAACUCUCGUCCGACCCUACUAUUGGCUUACAUCUUGCAGCGCUUUACAAUGCCCUUCUCCAGUUGCUGCGUAUCAUUGAGCCGCACUCGAUGGUAGAGAUUGACUACAUUGCCAAGCAGGUCGGGCAAGGACGGCAGGAUGCUGAGGCCAAGCUAUCUCAGAUGAUCUUGGACAAGGCGUUCCACGGCGUGCUGGAUCAGGGACAAGGAUGCCUGAUCAACACGUACGGUGCAGCAUUUGGGACCCUGGAACAAGUUAGCAAGCACAUCGGGGUUGUCAAUAUUUAG